AUGGUUACCAAUCAAUCAUCCAUAUCGGAGGCGCGUGCAGCUUUUAAUGGGAAACCUGAAUAUGGCACACCUCCUGAGCCAUUAAAUGGAGAAGAAGUGUUGCACAUUGUUGAAGAUAUUAAUUACAUAUGGGGCUCGAAAAAUGGGGGAAGUGUUGGUGAGAAUGAUGGUGACAGAGUUUGUUGGAAGAAGAAAUCAAAAUUCUUUGAUCUCGAGUAUUGGAAAUACCUUCAUAUGAGGCAUGUCCUAGAUGUUAUGCAUAUUGAGAAGUAUGUCUGCGAUAGUAUCAUUGGUACAUUGCUGAAGAUCCUUGGAAAAAAUAAAGAUGGGAUUGCUGCUCGGUUAGAUUUAUUGAACAUGGGGGUCAAAACUGAUUUGCAACCCAAGUAUGGACAAAGACGUACUCGCUUGCCUCUAGGACCUUGGAAUUUUUCAAGAGUAGAGAAGAGAGCGGUUUGCAAUUCUUUCUAUGCUAUGAAGGUCCCUGAAGAUUCAAGACUUCUUGGACUUAAAUCUCAUGAUUGUCAUACCUUGAUGCAACAAUUGUUCCCUGUGGCAAUUCGUUCUGUUUUAGAGAAGCCUGCAAGGUAUGCAAUAACUCGAUUGUGCUUCUUCUUCAAUGCUAUAUGUGCAAAGACGGUGGAUGCUUCCAAGUUAGAUAAAUUGGAAGAAGAUGUAGUAGUUACUUUGUGUUUGCUUGAGAAGUACUUUCCUCCUUCAUUCUUUGAUAUCAUGGUUCAUCUAGUAGUACAUCUUGUCAGAGAAGUUCGUCUAUGUGGCCUAGUAUAUUUUAGAUGGAUGUAUCCAUUUGAAAGGUAUAUGAAAGUGCUAAAAGGGUAUGUUCAUAACCGUACUCGUCCGGAAGAUUGCAUUGCUGAGCGGUAUAUAGCUAAACAAGCUGUAGAGUUUUUCACCGAGCAUUUAUCUGAAGUUAAUACAGUUGGAGUGCCUUCAAGCCAGAAGAUGGGAGUUUCGAAGCCAUUAUCAGGUUGCACAGUAAGCUUAGUUGAUCGGGACUUGUUAAACCAGGCACAUUUUUAUGUCUUGGAGAAUACGGAGGAAGUCAUACCUUAUAUCGAGUACGUUCAAAGUGAACUUAAUGGGGAAGAGCAUAAUGGCGUAUCAGAAAAUUUGAGGUGGCUAGCAACUGGUUCAAGCAUGGCAGUGCCAUCAUAUAGGAGCUAUCUUAUUAAUGGUGUUAAAUUUAACACCAAGGCACAAGAUGAUGUGCGAACUGUCCAAAAUAGUGGAGUUUAUUUAUUUGCACAUACUAUGCAAGUUGCUAGUGCCAAGGAUAAAAACCCUAUUGUCUCCAAUAUGGGUUUUUAUGGUGUUAUUCAAGAAAUUUGGGACCUUAACUACCAAAAGUUUAGAAUCCCAGUCUUGAGGUGUGAUUGGAUAGAUAACACUUCGGGCCUUAUAAUUGACGAACUUGGAUUUACCCUUGUAGAUCUAAGUAAAAUUAGACAUAGGAAUGACCAAUUUGUUAUGGCUUCUCAAGUCAAACAAGUAUUUUAUGUUGACGACCCAAUGCAUCGUGGUUGGUCGGUAAUGUUAUCAAUGCUUAAUAGAGAAUAUAAUGAUGUUAUUGGUGAUGAUGUGCUAGGUGAUACUAGAAUUGAGUGUGAGCCAUUUACUAGAGGGAUACCAAAUGUUGACACAUUUGAUGACCUAGUAGGUGAGUUUGGGAAUGAAAAUAUUAGAGAUGGGUGUGAAGAUAUAUGGAUUGAUUGA